AUGAAGGGCUACUCGCUGAACAUGAAGACGGUCAACAGGGCCAUCAACGACGGCAAGAGAGGCGUCGACUACAUGCAGAAGUUCCCGAAGGGCAUCGACCUCAGCAGAGCUACGGUUUUGAUUGAAUGUGAUUCAGGACGCGCGAACGGCAACCCCGAGAGUGACGAGAUCGCGAGAUACAAGAGCAUCGGUGGUCAUUUUCUCUUCAUAGUGGACCACGAUGUGUUGUCUGGGAAGCUGGUGACAGCAGCUCUGAUGGAUUACAGUUCCAAGUCGACACAGAGAGUUUGCCGGAGCACACUUGCAGCUGAAGCCUCACAUCUUGCGGACUCACUGGAGGCUGGUGAAUGGCUGUGUGUUUUACUGGAGGAGGUGUUCAACCCGAAGAUCAAUUUGAAGGAUUGGCAGAAGAUCGUGCUGCUAAACCCGAUCGAGCUGAGGCUGAUCGACUACGACGUGAACGUUCGGCCGCUGGAGUUCGAGAGGAAGACUUGCAGGAUGACUGAGAUGGUCAGCCGGCCUUUAGAGCUUGUUGUACUGGGCGCCUAG